AUGGACAACGUCGUCAUGGCUCUUUACACUGGCAAUGGUGGAAAAGAGCAACAAGUCGCACAACAAGUUCUUGCCCAGUUCCAGGAGCAUCCGGAUGCAUGGCAGAGGGUACCAGUCAUUAUGGAGAGCUCUAACUAUCCCCAGACGAAGUACAUCGGUCUUCAGAUUCUCGAGAAACUGAUCAACACACGGUGGAAGACUUUGCCUGAGGACCAGAGACAAGGCGUUCGAAACUUCGUUGUUGGGAUGACUGUUAAGGUGGCGUCCGAUGAGGUUACAAUGCGGAAAGAGAAGACCUAUAUCAACAAGCUCAAUCUCGCUCUCGUACAAAUCCUCAAACAAGAGUGGCCACAUAAUUGGCCGACCUUCAUUCCCGAACUCGUCGAAUCCUGCAAGACGAACCUCUCCCUCUGCGAAAACAACAUGAUCAUCCUGAAACUCCUCUCAGAAGAGAUCUUCGACUUCUCUGCGGAGCAACUCACACAGGCCAAGGUCAAGAACCUCAAAAAUCAGAUGUGCGGAGAAUUUUCCGAGAUCUUCAAACUCUGCUCUGAGAUCCUUGAGGAGGCCCAGAAGACAUCGUUGGUGAAAGCAACUCUGGAAACACUCCUCCGAUUCUUGAACUGGAUUCCAUUGGGCUUCAUCUUCGAGACGACAAUCGUCGACGUCCUCAUUCAACGUUUCCUUGAAGUCCCAGACUUCCGCAACAUCACUCUGAAAUGCCUUGCAGAGGUCGCCGCACUGAAUGUAGGCCCUGAGUACGAUCCGAAGUUCGUCUCGCUGUUCGAGAUGGUCAUGACUGCCAUCAAUCGGAUGGUCCCACCAAACACGAACAUCGCGACAGCCUACGCAAGCUCAAAUGACGCUGGUCAAGAAUUCAUCCUCAACCUCGCUCUCUUCCUCUCCAACUUCCUUCAAAAUCAUGUCCGCACCGUGGAGACCGAGAGGAGCAACGACGUCCUGCUCAACGCUCAUCUCUACAUGGUCAAGAUCUCGCAGGUUGACGAGCGAGAGAUCUUCAAGAUCUGCUUGGAGUAUUGGAUCAAACUCGUUUCAGAGCUGUAUGAGGAGAUUCAGAAUCUGCCGAUUGGGGACAGCGGAUUAUUGAUGGGAUUGAGUUUGGGUGGCACGAGCGGUGCGCAGAACUUGAUGAGCGGUAUGUCUUUGAGGAAGAAUAUCUACUCAGACGUACUUUCGAAUCUGCGUUUGGUUGUGAUCGAGAAGAUGGUCAAGCCUGAAGAGGUUCUGGUCGUUGAGAACGAAGAAGGAGAGAUUGUUCGAGAGUUCAUGAAGGAGUCGGACACCAUCGUGCUCUACAAGUCUAUGCGCGAACUUCUCGUUUACCUCACCCAUCUGGACGUCUCGGAUACGGAGACGAUCCUCACAAGUAAGCUGGCGAAACAAGUCGACGGCGCGGAGUGGUCGUGGGGAAACCUUAACACUCUUUGCUGGGCCAUUGGUUCGAUAUCUGGUGCCAUGAACGAGGAGACUGAGAAGCGCUUCCUUGUCACUGUCAUCAAAGACCUACUUGGGCUUUGCGAGAUCAAGCGUGGCAAGGACAACAAGGCUGUGGUGGCGUCAGAUAUCAUGUAUAUCGUUGGACAGUACCCUCGCUUCCUCAAGGCGCAUUGGAAGUUCUUGAAGACCGUUGUUAACAAGCUCUUCGAGUUCAUGCACGAGACUCACGAAGGUGUGCAAGACAUGGCUUGCGACACCUUCAUCAAAAUCGCACAGAAGUGCCGACGCCACUUCGUCAUGCAGCAGUCGCAAGAGCAGGAACCCUUCGUAGACGAGAUCCUCCGUCUUCUGCACCGCAUCACGGUCGACCUCUCACCGCUUCAAGUUCACACAUUCUACGAAGCAGUCGGGUACAUGAUUUCGGCGCAGCCCAACAAGCCACAACAGGAGAAACUCAUUGCUAAGCUGAUGGAGCUUCCAAACAACGCCUGGGACAACUUGAUGUCACAAGCCACGACGGACAUGGAAGUCUUACACAACCCCGAAAGCAUCCGUAUCCUGGCAAAUGUCCUCAAGACCAACGUCGCGGCGUGCACGUCAAUCGGCAGUUUCUUCUUGCCCCAGAUCGCACGGAUAUACAUGGACAUGCUCGGGUUAUAUCGCGCAGUCAGUGGCAUCAUCAGCGAGCUAGUAGCAAAGGACGGCCUCAUUGCGACGAAGACCCCGAAGGUUCGUGGCCUUCGGACUGUGAAGAAGGAAAUCUUGAAGCUUGUGGAGACGUACAUCAAGAAGGCGGAAGACCUCGAGGCGGUUAACAUCAACUUCAUCCCACCAUUACUCGACGCCGUCCUCGGCGAUUACAAUCGCAAUGUCCCUACUGCUCGGGACGCAGAGGUGUUGAAUGUUGUAGCCACCAUCGUCACACGGCUUGGAAACCUGCUCACGCCACAAGUGCCACCGAUCCUGGACGCUGUGUUUGAGCCGACGUUAAGCAUGAUCAACCAGGACUUUGCUGAGUUCCCAGAGCACCGUGUCGGGUUCUUCAAGCUUCUGCGGGCGAUUAACUUAAAUUGCUUCCCUGCCCUCCUCGCCCUUCCAGCACCACAGUUCAAGCUAUUCAUGGACAGUAUCUCCUGGGCCAUCAAACACACCAUGAGAGACAUCGUGGACACCGGUCUCAAUUUAUGCAUCGAAGUCAUCAACAACUUCGCCGCUGCAGACCAAGGCGUCGCUACGGCCUUCUUCCAGCAGUACUACCUUUCUCUCCUCCAGGACACUUUCUUCGUCCUCACCGAUGCGGACCACAAGAGUGGCUUCAAGCUCCAAUGCUUGCUGUUGUCGCGCAUGAUCCAGCUCGUGGCCACGAAUGCAAUCCAGGCACCGCUGUUCGACCCGUCGACAGUGACGGACCCUAACCAGACAAAUGUGGGCUUCGUAAGGGAGUACACUGCAAACUUGUUGAAGUCGGCGUUCCCUCACGCAGCAAACGCGGAUAUCAAGGCCUUUGUGUUCAACUUGUCAGAGUACCACAGCGACUUCAACCGGUUCAAGCUUGCGUUGCGUGACUUCCUUAUCCAGCUCAAGGAGUUCUCGGGUGAUAACUCGGAGCUCUUCCUCGACGAGAAAGAGGCUGAGACGCAGAGGAGGCUACAGGAGGAGCGCGAGGCCGCGAUGCGCAUCCCUGGCAUGCUCAAGCCUUCGCAAAUGGAGGACAAGGACGAGGAUAUCUAA